AUGGCAAGGGUAAAGCCUACAAUGGUGCUCGACUUGGACAACACGCUCGUCUACGCGCACACGGACAUGGUGGCCGGAUCAGACUUCACAAUGGAGCGCGCGGGCGAGGAAUCUCCACUGUUUAUAAUGAAGAGGCCCGGAGUGGAUGCGUUUCUAAAGAGGAUUUCCAAGGUUUUCCGGCUGGUGGUGUUUAGCGCUGGGGUGGAGGAGUAUGUGAACUUCGUCGUUGAUCACUUGGAUCCAGCAAAGACUAUGAUCUGGAAAAAGCUUCAUAGUGGGCACUGCAAGAUCGAUGAGGGAACCAAAUUCAAGGAUCUGGGUUUUGCCGAUCGAGAGUUUCGUGGUGUGGAUUUGAAGAGGCUGGUUGCGUUGGAUGAUCUUGUGGAUUUCUACGCAAAGGAGUACAGGGAGAACGUCGUCAGGGCUGAGAAGUUCGAGGGAUCGCCCGGGGAUUGCUUUCUCCAGGGACUGGCGCCGUUUCUUCUGGCGCUAGCCAAGCUCCCAGAUUUCAGGAGGGCGAUCGUUUGCUACAACAAUGGCGAGUGCAAGGAGAUGAAUGGUAGGGUUUACAUCAAGGACGCCUUCGAUGAUAGCUGGGUGGAUGCCUCUCUAAUGCUACAAAGAAUCAAUCCCCAAAACAGAGAAUUAGGGCUGUGGGUUGGAUGGAGCGCUUACCAGCAGCAAUCCAGCGGCGACCGAGACGCCCAGCACAGCCGAGAAGGCAGCUGCGGUGCCCGUGAGGAGAUUCCACCGUCUGAAGAUCAUCGCUCCCGCGAAGAGCCCUAA